AAAAAAUAAAAAAAAUAAAAAAAGAAAACUGGUUACGUAAUGCUUAAACCCAUUUGGUGCACGGGUGGAACCUCUAUUCUGGCGCAAAAGUGAGAGCAUGGAUGGGCCCAGUGCUUUUCCGUACAGGUGACGUCCGUGCAAUUGGAGUUGAACCUCUUUCUGGACAUCGAGAGUCGGUUAAGACCAACACAAGCCAGCGAAUUCCAACACGAUGCUUGCCAUGAGAAACAUCGGUAUCAGGGUGAUGAAGCCUUCGUUUCUGCUUCAGAGACAAUCGGUCUUGAGACCGUUCCAAAAACGUCUCAACUCCACAGCCAAGAAGCUGUAUGAACCAUCGCCGCAGGAGGCACAGCUGGCCAGCAAGAUGUCCUGGGAGGAGUUCCUUGCCCUCAGAAAGCAGCAAAGGCGCAUAGGUGCCCUGGGCUCCGUUGCUGCUGCGCUCUUGACCAUGGGUGCCGCCUACUCCUAUCUGUCACAGGUCGAGAUUGACCCGACCGAAACGCUUUUCGGCUUGGAUGUCUUCACGGUGUACAUUGGCGCCAUCAUGUGCACGGGGUUUGUUGGGUUCAUGUUUGGCCCCGCCCUCGUGGGCGACCCGCUCUUCGCCUUGAUCAACAGAAAGAUCAUGGCCACCUACCGCACCAAGCAGACCCUCUUCCUCAAGCACAUCGCCAAAAUGAGAGUCGAUGCAUCCAGACAGAGUAUGAACAACCCCGUUCCAGACUACUACGGCGAGAAGAUCGGCUCUUUGGCAGGCUAUAGACAGUGGCUAAGAGACUGCAACGAGUACAGAAGAAAGGCUAGAGAAUUUUUGUAAGUCUUCUACACCAGGUCGCCUUCGCCCACACACCCAGUUCCCCCAUCCACCUCUUGUGCAUAUAUCUGUAUGAUACAUAGCUAUGUAUAUUUACCCCCCGCCACCCUCUUUACAAUAAUAACCCCGUCUUUACUCCUGC